AUGGAAGCUGAAGUCGAUUUUGUCGUAGUAGAACAUGCCUUGAUGGAAGUUUCGUCCAUCAUCGAGGAUACAAUGGAUCAGCUCACAGCGGUGAUCGACUUUGUUGAUCGAAUGAAUGAUGCGAAGCUGAGACGCGAUGAAGAACUUGAAGUAGAAGCUGGCAAACUUCUUGCUUGUGUAUCUGCCACUGCGAGCUAUGUUGAUGAACUCACGACGAGGAUUACAACUCUUCAACAUGUUCUGCUUUACUUGAAGAAAAGGUGCGAAACGUAG